AUGCUCAACAACGUCAGGACAUACCUUCGGAUCAAGCCACAGGAAAUCCCAGAAGACAUUGCAGUCAGCAAGGACUCGAUGGUUAUAGAUGGAAGCAAGUUCUGCUUCGAUAGGAUCUUUAGAGGCUCCACCCAGCAAGAAAUCUUCCAAGAGAUAUCAAGGAGUCUUUUGGUGGAGUGUAUGCAGGGAUACAACUGCACUCUCUUUGCCUAUGGGCAGACAGGAAGUGGGAAGACCUACACCAUACAAGGAAAUGAACACAACAUUGGGAUUGUCCAAAGGUCUCUGAGUCUUCUGCACAGAAACACAGACCUAAAGAUCUCUCUCUCCUUUGUUGAGAUAUACAACGAGACAAUGCUGGAUCUGUUUGAUCCCGAGGCCAAUCUGUCCAUACGCGAAGAUCCUCUUUACGGGGUAGUUGUCGACAACCUAACGACAGUGGAAUCAGACAGCUACGAGAAGAGCAUGGAAAUGUACACGAAGGGAAUAAGAAUAAGAAGAACAUCGUCGACGUCAAUGAACAAGGAAAGCAGUCGGAGCCAUUCGAUAUUCACUGUGUAUCUUAAGAGCAAUGGAGAAGUGAUGAAAAGGUCAUCAAGGCUGUGCUUUGUAGAUCUUGCAGGGUCGGAGAGGCUUAGAGAGCGAGGAGUGGAAGAGAUGAAGAUGAAGGAGGCAGCUAACAUAAACAAGUCUCUUUUAUGUCUUGGAAAAGUGAUCAAUAAACUUAGCAACGGCGAGGACGGGCAUAUAGGGUAUAGGGAGUCCAAGCUUACUUUUUUACUAAAAGACUCUCUUGGAGGAAAUUGCAAGUUGACGGUCAUUGGAAAUGUCUCUCUUGAGAGCAGAGGUGACAGCAUAAACACAAUGAACUUCCUCCAGAGGUCCAAGAUGAUAAGAAACCUUGCUGUUGUGAAUUCAGACGUAAGCGGGGAGUUGGAAGAGGUGAAGAACAAGCUGAAGAUUCUAGACUGUGAGAACCAAAGCCUGAAGGCCAGGAUUGCUCUGAUGGACUCGCAGAUCCAAGAGGAGUCUGGGAUUCUCCCCUCCUACCACUACGACAUUGCAAGGGUGAGAAGUGCAGUUGACGAGAUCAUGAACACGGUUCUGGAACUGGAAGCCAUUGCCAAGAAAAUCCCUGGAGUUGAAUUUGGCAAGAACAGGAAUCUUCUUCUUGGAAUCCACGAAUGCUUCAUGGCUCUGCAUGGAAAGGAGCAGAAAGACACAGACACGAUGAAAAGAAAGCGAAUGGGCGAAAGAGAGCAAACAAAUAAAGAAGCUAUGUUCUGA